AUGACGACUGACUGGAGCAAGCUCACAGUCGUUGACCUACGUCAAGAGCUCAAGCGCCGCGGGCUGUCCCAGGCCGGUAAGAAGGCCGACCUUGUCGAACGCUUGACUGUCGACGACCAGGAGGCGCAGACAUCGCAACAAGAAGGAGACGCACCGCCAGAGGAGGAAACAGAACAGGACAAAGAAGAGACCAAGGAACUGGAACAGGAAGCAGAGGCCCCCGGCGCACAAGCUGUUGAGACCGCACCCGAAGAUGAAACCACAAAGAGCUCUGGCAGCCCUGCCCCGGCGCCCGUGAAAGCUCCUUCGCAAGAACCUCAGCCCGAAGCAGCCUCUGCGUCCCCAGCUCCUGAGCCAGUUGCCCCCCAACAGAACUCAACCACUACGCAAGACGCCACACAAACAGAAUCAGACAACAAACAAGAUGAAUCAAACGAGCCGACGAAAGAGUCCGCCGCAGAAUCUGCGCCCGAAGCAAACAAUGUUCCUGCGACGAAAGACGACACAACUGAAGCAAAGGGGGAGAAGGCCGACGAGAGUUUAUCUACCGAAUCUGCACCCGUGGUUCCUGAACUCACCGGCGAAGAUACAUCUACCAGAAAGCGCAGAUCUCGCAGCCCCCCUCCGGAGGAAGAGACGUCUAGGAAGCGUGCACGCCCUACCGAGCAAGAAGACGAAGACACACGCAUGAGUGGACUUGAAGGUCAACCCGGCGAAACAGUGCUACCCCUCGAUGACGAGCAGGGCGGGAAAGACGCUUCCUACGCCACUAUCCACGCCGAGAUUCCCCACGUCGCCGACUCAAAGGAGGUUUCUGAGAUGCCCGACGCACCACAGCACCGCAAAGCUUCGGAACCGCGCGAUUCGAACUAUCGUGGCCAAGAGGAGGAGUCUCGCGACCAUGUAAAGACUGAGGCCGACCUCAAGCAAGAAUCCCCCGACCGGGCAGCGUACGACCGGAGCGCUGUCAAGUACGAGGCCGACAUGGACAUUGACGAGCGAGACGUUGCCCCCUCUGAACACCCCGCCACCCAAGCGCUAUACAUCAAGAACCUCAUGAGACCGCUCCGCCCUGACUUUCUUCGCCAAUACCUCGAAGAGCUCGCCGCGCCCCCGGGCAGCCUGCGGGACCCAGACUCCGUUCAGGAUUUCCACCUCGAUCACAUAAAAACCCACGCUUUUGUAAGCUUCACCUCCGUCGCGGCUGCCGCGCGCGCUCGUGUUGCUCUGCACGGAAAGAUUUGGCCUAAUGAGCGGAAUCGUAAAGAGCUGUGGGUGGAUUUCAUCCCUCCUGACAGGGUGAACGAGUGGGCGGAGACGGAGCAAUCCGAAGGCGGCCGCGGCAAUCUCGCCCGGUGGGAAGUUCGGUACGAGUGUGACGAAAAGACCGGCGACAUCACCACCCGCCUCGUUAAUGCCGAGCUCGAGCCUGCGCCAGCCGUCGUGGCCGCUGCUGGCUCUACUACUCGUGGUUCGGUAUCAUCAGCCCGCGAGCCCCUCCCUCCCCCAGUCAUUCCCUCCGGCCCCGCCGCCGGCCGGGACGAAAUGAAGGCGACUCGCGCCCACCCGUCGCUGCUCUACAGACCCGUCAAUGCCGAGCUUGCCGAGCGCCGUCUGUCAAACAUGCGGUCGUUCUACACCCGCGACCGCCACCGUGACAUGGGCCGCGAGGACGAAAUCAACCGGUACACGUUCGAGGACGCAGAUUCGUUUGUCGAUCGCGGAAAGGAGGUGUUUGUGGGCAUCAGGCCGCCACAUCGCGAGGCGGAGCGUCGUCGUGGUCGUAUGGGUGGUGGUGGU